AUGACGAUUGCUGCACUUUUCAUGAGGUAUGUCGUCUUACAUAAGGUAUCUACAUCCUAUCAUCCUCAAACAAAUGGUCAGGCGGAAGUAUCGAACCGAGAGAUCAAGUCGAUUUUAGAGAAGAUGGUUCGGGCCAAUAGAAAGGAUUGGAGUAUAAGACUUGAUGAUACCCUAUGGGCAUAUAGAACGGCGUACAAGACGCCAAUCGGCAUGUCCCCUUAUCAUUUGGUAUUUGGGAAGCCAUGUCACCUCCCCGUCGAGUUCGAGUAUAGAGCAUUUUGGACUGUCAAACAAUACAAUAUGGAUAUCGAGGAGGGCGGAAUUCAAAGAAAGUUGCAAUUACAAGAAUUGGAGGAGAUUCGCAAUGAAGCUGGUGAUCCAGAGUUCAAGGACGGAAAAGAAAUUUGUGGUGAAUGGUCAUCGUCUCAAGCAGCAUUAUGA